CCUGUAGCUACUCAGCUGAAACAAAGAUCUGCAGCUCACAUGAACCUCCACUUUCUCACUGCAGGAUUAUUACUGCUGUUUAAUGACACUUCCAACCAGACGAGUUAAUCUAGUGAGUAGAUCAGGCAGCGACUGCUGUUUAAACAAUGGAAGGGUAUUUGUUGACGUAACCUACGAAGGCAUACGGCUCUGGUUUCAGUCACAGGUCAGAGAUCUCUCUACCUCCUGCCUUCACCAGCAACAACAACAACAACAGAUCCUCUUUUAAUCUUCAGAGACUUCACACUUGAGCAGAAGGACCCAAAACCACAAGGGCCUGGGCCCUUUCUGUGGACAACAUGGAGUUUCAACGAUUGCGAUUGGAGGAGGAUGAUGACGAAGACGAUGCAGCCAUUCAGUACAUGAUUGAACAGAGUCUGCUGGAGAGCAACAAGCAGAAGGAAACUCACAGAGACGCCACAACACGAGGCGGCAGGAGCUCUGAGCUCGACUGCACAGACAGCAGCCUGAUCUUCACUGCUAUAAGACAAGGGAAUGAGAAGCUCUUGAAGGAUCUGUGUGUCAAACACAAAGAUAAGUUUCUGCAGACAGACAGCAGAGGUUGGAUUCCUCUCCAUGAAGCAGCAGCUCAGAGCAACCACGCCGUCCUGGAGCUCACAUUCACAGCUUCAGGCCCGGACUCUGUGGAGUGUCAGACCCUCCGUGGGCAGACUCCUCUCUUCCUGGCAGUAGAACACGGUCUGAUAGAAAACGCCUCCUUCCUCCUCAAACAUGGAUCCCAGCCGGACAGUCAGGACCACGACCAGGACUCACCACUGCUUGUAGCGAUCCGCUCAGACCGUGCUGACCUGGCGGAGCUGCUGCUCCUGCAGGGCUCCAUGGUGAACCAGGAGGUCUGCCACGGACGCUGUCCCCUCCACGAGGCCUCGCGUCUGGGCAACGCGUCACUGGUGAACCUGCUGCUGAAGGCCGGAGCCCGGACCGACCCGCGCAGCCACUACGGCCUCACGCCUCUGGCCCUGGCAGCUCAGAGUGGACACCUGGAGGUGGUGCAGACUCUGCUGGAGAGAGGUGCAGACGUCCUGUCCGAGGCGCAGGAUGAGGCGUCCAUCCUGUACGAGGCGUCUGCAUCCGGGGAUCCGGGUGUCAUCAGUCUGCUGCUGGAGUACGGCGCCGACGCCAACAUCGCCAAGCGCUCAGGACACAUGCCGAUCCACCGCGUCGCACACAGAGGACACCUGCAAGCUUUAAACCUGCUGAUUCCAGUAACUUCAAUAAGAGAUGUAAACGACACUGGGAUGAGUCCUCUACACUCUGCUGCUGCAGGAGGACACACACACUGCAUCAAGGCCUUGCUGAAUGCUGGUUAUGACCCCAACUAUAUGCUCCACCCCUGGGUUCGGCGUAGCUAUGACGACGAGAGGAAGUCGGCUCUCUUCUUUGCUGUCUCCAAUAACGACGUGCCGUCAGCCACGCUGCUGCUGGAGGCUGGAGCCAUGGCCAACCAAGACCCAGUCAAAUGUCUGCAGGUCGCACUGCGUCUGGGCAACUAUGAGUUGAUCGACCUGCUGCUGAGGUUUGGAGCCAACGUCAACUAUUACUGCAGAGUGAACACAACACACUUCCCCUCAGCGCUGCAGUACGCUCUCAAAGACGAGCUGGUUCUAAGGAUGCUGUGUAACUAUGGUUACGACGUGGCGCGCUGCUUCGACUGUCCCUACGGCAACAACUCCCAUGUCCCUGGAGACUACGAGGGAUGGACGAACAGUGUCAUCAAAGACACUAUGUUCUGUGAGGUGAUCACCGUGUCCUGGCUGAAGCACCUCUCCGGUCACGUGGUUCGCGUCCUGCUGGACUACGUGGAUCAUGUGACCCUCUGCUCUAAGCUGAAGGCGGCCGUGAUGGAGCAGCGACAGUGGCCCGACAUCUGUAGGCUGCAAGAAAACACUCGCUGUCUGCAGCAUCUCUGCCGGCUGAGGAUCCGUCGCUGUCUCGGUCGCCUUCGUAUCCGUUCGCCCACCUUCAUGAGCUUCCUGCCGUUGCCGGGGCGACUGAAGGACUACAUCCUGUACCGGGAGUACGACCUGUACGGGCGGCAGAGCAGCACGCCCGGCUGACGCAGGGGAGAGGAGACGAAACUCACAGAAAGUAGUUCCGAUUGAACACUUAGAAAUAUCUGCAAAUACUCCACAACCACACUCUGAAGUCACUGUUUCACUUUCUGAACUCAUUUUCCACAUCAUACACCUAUUUAACAGUAAGAGCCAAAAAAAAGGGUUUUUAUUUUAUUUUAUUUUUAUUGGUUUUUUUUCUAUCUUUCCCUCUCUGAAGAACAGUGUAUUCUUAUUAUUCUUAUUUUGUAUGGUUUUCUAUAUUUUGAUGAAGCAUAAAACAAACAGUGUCUGAAAGUAAAAUACAGAUCAGAAGAUAAAACCAACUGUGAAUCAAACACUUAGUCUAUUUUAAUACAAGGUUAGAAAAACAAAAAGUAAAAAUAAAAUAAUUCCAACAACAUAUAAUCGUCUCAAAUCUGUUUCA